GAGUUGUCUGAAAACCCGUUGAAGAUUUUGCCAUCAGAUAUUUUCGCUAAAAAUACCAGAUUGACGUGGCUGUAAGUAGAUUUUUCCUCUAUUGACAGAGAUCAAACGAAAUUUGUUUUUGUAGUUUCAAACUCAUUGAACUGUAAUGUGACCAGUGUGAGUACCAUUUUAGCUUGAAAAACAAAAAAAAUUCCCCUUUGACGUUAUGAUUAUACGGUAAGACUUACAGAUCUUGUGGCGACAUUAAGAAGCCUUUAGAAAAGAGCAUACAAUAAGAAACACUGAGCAAUGAUCCUCGUAGUUGAACUGCAAUUUACCCAACUGCAGAAACUGAGAAUCCUGAAGGAAAAUUCAUACUUCCACGGGAUUCCAACCCGUGCCUCCCUGAAGGGCGCCUCUACCAACUGAGCUAAGAGGCCACUCUUGAGAGUAGGGGAGAUUUUGGAGGGUUCUUCUGAGGAAGAAACUACGGUGAUGUAUUCGAGAAUUAAAAUUAGGGAAGAAUUGGGAAAGAUAACUUCAUAGCCCUUACAUAUUUUUUCGGAACAAAAACUUCCAAAAGGAAACGGGGAAACCACAAGUCAUCAGAAGAAGAACCGCCGAGAAAAAAAACCCUGGUUCAGUUCAUUUGUCACGGGAUAAGGCCUGAAAGGUGGCAGAGAGACCGGUGUAGCUAACGAAGUCUUGUGGAGGCUUUAUGAAUGGCUUGCUCCUUCGCCGAAGGGUGCAUAAAUGAGUUAGGAAAAAAAACUUGUUCAUCUUGACAAGCGAGAAUAUCAUAAGACAUCUACAUGGCCGCACCAUUUUGAUUUUAAGCCAAAAUAUCUCAAGUUAAAAUAUCUUAAUAAUUACCAGUUUGAGUUAUCUACACACUCCUCCGGCUGCAUUUCUAAACUGAGUUCAUUUCACUAGUCAUCUUGUUUAUUACUUUAUACGCAUCCUAGCCCUGUACUAUGCUAUGCUAAAUUUUCGUUGAAUUGAUAGGUACCUGUCUGAAAUGCAAUUGCACCACCUACCUCCAGGAAUCUUUGACAAGAACACGCAGCUAGUCAAAUUGUGAGUAAAACUUUUUCUUCUGUGUGAUGCGCGGGUAAAGAUAAUUCAGGAUCAUAAGCUUAAUAACAUCAACAAAAUUUGCAAAUCUUUUAUUCAUAAUAUGUAGCUAUUUAAGCACAUAAAAAAUUCACCUACAGUUAAUACCACUGGUCAACUUUCGCACCUGCUGGCUGAAAACUCCGAUCUCAGAACAGCUGCACAACAGUACUAAAGGCUUCCAACUGCUUUUUGUUGUUGUCUUUGUCUUUUUCAGGUUUUAUAAGAUUAUUCGUUUCGUUUCGAAAAUCAAGAAUUUAUAUCAAACAUUAUGAAAAAUCAGGCAUCGACUGUUGCAUUCUGGAUCUUUGUCCAGGACUGACCGUUUAUGAGAUUUCAUACUGUAUAAAAGGCAUCGCGGAGUGCCUUCCUUAAAUAAAAAAAUCAUUCAAAUUUCCGUCAGUAACAACUUUCCAUAUCUAUGUCAAAUGCAAAUAUAUAGUAAUGUUGUAAGAUGAGUAUUACGGGUGAACCUAGCACAAACAACUUUUCACUCAGUGAGAUCGAUGCUUUUGCUCACAUUUCAAGACAUCCGUAACAGUUUUCCACAAUAGCCCUGAACGAUUUCAUUAACACCCCUAUCUAGAUAGAUAAACUUAUGGUGGAUCUUAAAAAUAUUGAUCAGUUUUAUGUGGUAAAUAACGCAGACGCCUGAAUGACAACGACAUGAAAGGAUUGAAUGGAAGUGCCUUCAAAAACUUGACAAGGCUAAAGGAACUGUAAGUUAAUGUAUCAAUACUAUUGUGAAAGGAAUUCCUUAUCCCAGAGACAAAAUUAUGUAUGGUAAAAAUUUAUUAAUUCCUUUGUCUGGAUCAGGACAUAUCGAGGUCUACUGAAUUAUCUUGUGAAAAUAAAACAGAGAUAGAUAAACAGACAGCACUAAAAAAAGUUUGAAAAUAGUUAUUCAAACUGUAAAGUUGCCAAACGGUCUUAAUUCUGAUUAAAUCCGUACGAGACAUUAAAGGCUUUGUCUUCUGACGCAAAGUACAUUGCACGUUUUAAAAUUUCAGAACUGAAAAAAGCCCCUUUUGAUUUAUAGCACUGCAUCGAGUUUUGGAAUAGGAGUCGUUUGACUAAGGUUUUAUUGUGUUUGAUAUGGUAGUAUGCUGGAUCGAAUUUUUGCCUAUUGCAUUGCACCCAUUGAGUUGUAUUGUAUAGUCAGAGAUAAUAUGUGGUUGAUGUGCAUCAAAUCAUGCAGCCACCAAGAAAAGCUGUUUUCAUAACGCAGCAGCAUUCCUCUUUCCUACCACCCCGUCUGUACUUGUUUUUGCAUUUACUUUUUUUCUUUUCUCUUCUCUUCCUUUCCCGUCAGUGAUCAUAAAACAAAGCGGUAAAUAACUGUAUUAAUAAAACUAAAUAGAUUUUACGUACAGAUCAUGUUUUUUUCAAAUUUCAACACAGAUGGUUGCAAGACAACAACUUCACUGAAUUGCCUCCUGAUCUAUUCCAAGACCUAGAAAACCUGACAGAGCUGUAAGUUAAUUCAUACCAAGCUUUCCCCUUUAACUGCAUAAAUUGUUCCAGCAUUAAUUAGAAUUUCCCCCUCUUUUGUAAAAUCACAGCUCGUGAUUGUUAGUGUAUUUUUACAAAGAUUCUGCCAGUAUUAUACUCUUCUUUUCUUUCACUAAUUAAAGCGAUUAAAAAGAAAAUUUUUUUUUUCCAAUUGAAGAUUUUAUGAUCUUCCCAUCCGCACCGAUAACAUAUUUUAAAAUUGAGACAUUCUUUAUUAUGUUUUGUUACUGUAUUGAAAUUUUCAUUGACAACGAUCAUACAUACAAUGACGAAAUGUUGAUGAAUGAAUGUUGCAGUUGUUUUCAUGGGAUAUCUUUCUUUGUUUUGAACCACGUGGGCAUUUCCUUAGAUAGCAAGCUUAAUGAUUUCUUUUCUUAAUCCACGGGAGUCAGCCAUCGGUUAUGUUUUGGGAAAAGAGUUCAGUGUGCACGCAAAUUUCAAGCUGUCGGCGACCUGUAAUUUCUUUUUGUUAUAGAUAUUGACAAAACUAAAUGAAUGAAGUAGCUCUUGAAUAUUCUCCGUACCAUAAGACACAUAAUCUAUGUCUGUGAUUAUAUAAUGCUCUUUGGUUGUUUUUUAUGACUAGCAUUUUUACGUAUUUUUACUUACAAAUUUCAGAUUGCAUACUUAAUAACAAUUAAUUUUCUUUUCCUGUCAUUCUUUUCAGCUAUCUGUCAAACAACAAGUUGAAGAGUCUUCCAGACGGACUUUUUAACAGCCUUUCCAAGCUGACACAUCUGUAAGUGAAAUAGUUGUUAAUUUUAAGCAAGAGAAUUAUUGGGUAGAACUAAAUGAUCAUUUUUAAAAUAUUGUCAACAAAGGCACAGCCGUCAUAGCUGAAAAAUCAUGAAGUUUUCCAGCUUGCAUUUGUAACUCUGAUCAGUUGAAACUGAGGAUGCUAUUUUAUGUUAGCAAUUUUAAGGUACUUGGUGAGGUGUAAAAGUUUAAAAGCUUCUGUUAAAAUAGCAACCAUAACAAUUCCCAGAUUUCUUUUUUUUUUCUUUUUUUUAUUGUACCGGUUUUUUUCUUUUUCUUUUUCUUUUUUUUGCUUGUUUUUUUUUUUUAAUCGCGGUGAGAGGUUUCUCCCUCAAGAAAGUCGGUUAUGAAUAUAUUUCCAAGACGUUUUUUUUUUUGGACCGCUUUUUUUCUUUUUUUGACUUGUUUGCUUUCUUAUUGCGGUGAGAGGUUUCCGUCCCAAAAAUGUUGGGGAUGGAUAUUUCCUUGAUUAGCCUGUUUUUCGAUUUUGUAUUAAUGAAACAUAUUUUAUUUUGUGUUUUCCCCAGAGAAUGUAAACAGAUUUUUUUAUCAUAGCGUUCUUAGCCAACAUAAUAUGCUAGGAUCUUCUUGAGUUGGAUUUUAAAACAUUAACCUUUUUUCCUGGGAAAAUUUAUCAGGGAUUUAUGGGAAAUAAACUAAUAAGUGGAAGCAACUGCGCAAGCAAACGAUAUUUUCUGAACGUUUUUCGCCAAAAACCUCCGAUUAUAAUUUUUUAUGAGCUCAGUUGGUAGUUCUGUCACAGGCGAAAUCUUUGUAACUGUGGUAAUAAUUGUUUUCAGUGAUUUGUCCGACAAUGAACUUGGAACUCUGCCGCCGUAUAUUUUCAGGAACAUUACAGCAGUAGAAUUUCUGUAAGUAAGAUUUAUAUCGGCACAAAAGAUUAAGAAUUAUUCUUAGAGGAUUUUCUUGAAAAUAACAACACUCGGUGACUAUAAAAACUUCCUAAUUAAUGACAACUUACAUUAUAAUUUACUUCUGGUUUCUUUUUUAUCCGAGUUGCCAAUAUCUAAGAAUUUAUUCUAUUGCAAGAUUAAACUACCCUGUCACUUAUUUUGUAAUUUGUAGCAAGAAGUGAGCCACAAACGAUUUUUCAAAUCCAGCCUUAAACAAUAGACCUCGCUCGAAGCCCAUGGGGAUAAACUGAGAGUUUUCGUGCUUAAUCUUACGUGCAUUAUAGAUAUGUCUGAUGUGUUCUUUGAAGAUUACAUAUAAAAAUUGGAAGCUGCUUUACUGGAAAACAUUGCCAUUCCCUGCCUUAACUGCAGAAGUUACCUAAAAAACAGCAGAGUUAAAGAUAAAACUGCCCAUUAUGCUUUCUGCAGGAAAAUGGACUACAACAAAAUUGAGAAGCUUCACGAAGACCAGUUCCAGGGCUUGGUAGAGCUAUUCGAUUUGUAAGUACAUUUUGAGUUUAAACCUUUUUCCAUGAUGAUCUGGAUCGUAAAAGGUAUAUAGUAAUGUUUUUUUUUAAUGUUAACUCCGUUAUCGCCCAAAUUAAAGUUGUCCUACCCAAUCAUGUUAUCUUACUGUAUGUUAAUAUUUAUUUUAUUAUCCAUUUCGCAUGUUUAAGAUAUCUCUCGGAGAACAAAAUAGACGCUCUGCCUGACAAAAUUUUCAAGGGUGUCAAAAGCCUUAAAGCUCUGUGAGUACAGUUAAACUCAUACAAACACAUUCUAGAAUAUUUGAAGUGAUGGAAUGAAUAUAAUAAGCGUUCAAAUUCUGAGAUUUUAGUUUACAAGUUUAACAUGAUGUAGAACAGACGUGGUGCAAAUUACCUUGCUCAACGAAGCAAUGUUGUUUGAAUUCAUGUUGCACUAAAAAUGUGCCUUUUUAUUUAGCAUACUUUUAGUGAGCCAAGGUGGAUAUCAUUGAAACGGAAACAAACAUCAUGGAGAUCUAUGUAGUUGUAAUGAAACUCUAUGUAAAUUUAUUAGGAUGAGUAAUAUGACAACUGCAAGCCCUCGUUUAGGAGCUAAUUGCAAACGAUUGCGUUCUUCGUUUCAGCAAUAUCUUCGGAAAUAAGAUACAAAACGUUAGCAGCACGACCUUCAGCUAUGCCCACGAACUGCGAUUUUUGUAAGUUCAACGCAAAUGACAGAUGUUCAUCUGGGCAACUAAACUUAGUUGUAUAUAUUGAAAUCAGAUAACAUGUAGGCGAGUAUUCUUUUGAGUAUGUGGAAGUGAAAGGAAAGACUCGUGAAUAGUAAUUUUGGAAGUUAAUAUAAAUAUACCGAAGUAAUUUUUCCCUGGAUGAGUCCGGAAAGAGGCUUUUAUACAACGAACGAACACAACUGAAUGGGCUGCCACGUCUACAAAAUCAGUGGCCAUCAAAAAUUCCUAAGAAAGCAAGACGAGACUUAUCAUAGGCUAACUGAUUAAUUUUAUAAAAUAUUUGAAAAAAUAUCAAGCUAGGGUCCGUAUUUAAGAUCCUCAGUUAGGGUUCCUAAUUAUAUUUUUUUGACAGUUUGUUUGAACAUUAACAAUAGCUAGAUGAAUCUUACGCAUGGAAACUCGUUUUUUGGAAUAAAUCAAGUUCUUUUUGUCAGGUCAAUUAUGAUAUACACCAACUAAAUGUUCAAAUUAUGAUUAUUUGACAUUACAGGUUCAUGCAUUACAACUUGAUGGCUGAGCUCCCCAAAGGCUUUUUCAGGCAUUUGACGCACAUCAUCAGAGUGUAAGACUCCAUAACGAUCCUUCCCUUCGAUCACCCCUUUAAACAAUCAUUUAAUGACAGUCUAUAAUAUUAGUUAAUUAAUUAUAAUUAAUAGCUUUCAACGAUGCAAUAAUCAACUGUUAUUUCUUCUUUAAUUCUUCUUUUUUUUUUGGAAAUCUAGAACAUUGGACACCAAUCUGAUGUGCUGCCAUCUCGAUCUUUUCAGGCAGGAUGCGGAUUGCGAAUAUACCUUCAAUGACAACUUCGCAAGCUGCCACUCCAUGUUCCGCAACCGUGCCCCGAGGAGAACUCUAUGGGUUGUCGGCCUUCUCUCGUUGUUAGGGUCUUUGUUUGUAGUUGGGUGGCAGUAUUUCUUCCCUGAUAACAAUGUGGUCCAGUCUAUCAUGUUGGUGAAUCUGGGUGUAUCUGACGGCAUCAUGGGUAUAUACCUUAUCAUCAUAGGUAUAAAAGACCUGCAAUGGUCAGGGGAAUACUACCUGCAUGACUAUGAGUGGCGCACCGGUUGGUUUUGCCAUUUCAAUGGUGCCAUGUCUGUCUUUUCAAGUGAGGUAUCAGUGAUGAUGAUUUCUCUAAUCGCAUGGGACAGACUCAAGAACAUCGUGUUUCCUUACACCUUUGCAAGAAUUACACCAAGGCAGACCCGCAUAAUGUGCGUAGUUAUCUGGCUGGUGGGAGGCAUUAUGGCAUUCCUUCCCUUGUCCGGAAUGCACUAUUUCAGUGAGAGGUAUUAUGGCAAUAAUGUAGUGUGCCUGCCCCUGCAACUUUCCCCGCGAUUAGAAGAAGGCUGGGAAUACUCCACUUCCAUUUUUAUCGUUUUGAAUUUUUUCCUAUUCAUCUUCAUCACGGUUGCUUAUGUUGCCAUUUUGUGGAAAUCAUGGUCGUCGAGCAGACGACUCGGUGGGCAUGGAACCAUCCGUGAAAUACGAGCAAGAGCACAAAGUGCACAGGCCAAAAGAGAAAGAGCACUUGCCAAAAGAGUCUUCUUCAUUAUUCUGACCGAUUUCUUGUGUUGGAUGCCAAUCAUUUCCAUCGGCAUCCGUUCCCACGUCGAGAAAACAUUUGAUCCUCCUGGUGAUCUGGCAGUGUGGAUAGCAGUGUUCGCUCUGCCAAUCAACUCAGCUAUCAACCCAUUGCUGUAUACGCUUUCUACUCCACAGGUAACAGUUUUUUUCUUACUUUGGAAUAGCGCCUACUGUUAUGUGAGUUUUUGUUAAUUUUGAAAUUGUAACGAUUGCCGUACAAAACAAGCGUGAAAAAAGUAAAUGGUCGGACAGAUUUUUUUUUAGCUUCUUCGUCGUUGACUUUAACCAGAGUGACUUUGAAAGACGUUACUUGAAAAUCUGAAAUAAACUAUCCCAUAUAUUUCGAAUUUCUAGGUGCAGGCUGUGUUGAAAGCAAAACUGAGGAAGCUGUGGUCCAAUGCUCGAUCCAUUUUCAGCAGAGGACAAGGUCAGGAAGGUACAGUUUUAAGCUCCAUUCAAAAAUACCAUGAUAACAUUAAUUAUAUCCCAAACCUUGAAAUGAAAAAACUACAAGGUUUAUCAAAUUGAGUUUUAGCGACUCAUUUCUCUUUAAGUAGCUUAUGUCAAUUUUACUCCUAAUGCUUUGAAGGGGGAAAGGGUGGAACUAGCUUGAAAUCGUAAUAACUUCAUGUAUCUUUUAAUUUUUUAGAAUAAGAAACUGAGCAAAUUAUUGAAAUCACAAAGGUACAACUGGCAAUAUGUAGAGUUGUAACAGACGUAAAAGAGAAAACUAAUCAAGAGAGUGAUUCCAAAUAGAGAUGGGAUCAAUGUUAUAAAUAAUCAAGUUUCAUGAAGGCAACGACGCAACCAGAAAUCAUGAUUUCAGUUCGAUUUUUUUCAAAGUUAUUAUCUCUAAAGCUAUGUAGUAGGAACGUUGAGUUAAACGGGUGCCAUUUGCAACAAAUUGUUUAAAGUAAGAUAUUAGCCAAAACUCAUUUUGUUAACAAUUCUCAAAAAAUGAAGGGUAUACUUGUGUCUUAAAUUAUAAGGUAAAGGUCCAAAUCUAAAUUGUAGAAUGUAUUUUUCGUGAUAAACCUUACAAUGGUCAAAAAUUUUUUUAUUGGUGUUUCUUUUUCAUAUAAAAGAAGCAGACAAUGAUCGAGAGGGACAGAUUGGAAAUGGAGAUGAACAUGCUAACGACGAAGAGGGUAAAAAUAUAGUGCUUCUCAGUGUAAAUCACAUGCAAAAAAUCUUCACUACGCCUCUGUAGGGUUCUGUGUGUAAUACUUUUCUUUCUCUUCUUUUUUCCAUUCUUAAUUCCUUUUUUUCAUUUCCUUCCCCAUAGGAGAACAAAUUGAAAUGCAGGUAAUAGGACACAACGAAAUCCCAGAAGUGGAAGCCCCUGAGUUGCCUGCUCAGCAACCAGGUCAGAAAAUAAAUAUAGAAUUUUAG